AUGAAUGGUGCAACAAAUGAGACCAAUGGUGUUCAUAAAAAGAUCUUACCUCGCUUACAAAUAAUUGACGAAAAGCAGGAAUUUUCAAAAGAUUUGCCAUCGUUCAUGAAAGAUGAAUGGCAAAUUGCCGAUGCGGGGUUUAAUUAUAAUCUGGUGGCAGUUUUUGGUUCGCAAAGUACUGGAAAAAGUACUUUAUUAAAUCGACUUUUCGGAACUAAUUUUGAUGUAAUGAACGAAAAUUCUCGUCGUCAGACUACCAAAGGUAUUUGGAUGAGUCGUGGCAAAGACAUGAAUGUUUUGAUCAUGGACGUUGAAGGUACAGACGGUCGAGAACGUGGUGAAGAUCAGGAUUUCGAAAGAAAAAGUGCAUUAUUUUCCAUGGCCACUUCCAAUGUAAUUAUCGUAAAUCUAUGGGAACAUCAAGUAGGCUUAUAUCAAGGUGCCAAUAUGGGCCUACUGAAAACUGUUUUUGAGGUUAAUUUACAAUUAUUCCAAGCAGCAAGAGGCAAAGAGAAGACACUGUUAUUAUUUGUAAUCAGAGAUCAUGUGGGAACAACACCAUUGGAAAAUUUGUCUAAUACAUUAACUGAAGAUCUUAAAAAAAUUUGGGAUAGUGUUUCUAAACCUGAAGGUUUGGAAAGUUGUACCAUCACGGAUUAUUUCGAUUUCAUGUUUGCGGCAUUACCGCAUAAACUGCUCUUACCGGCCAAAUUCGAGGAAGACGUAAUCAAAUUGCGAGAAAGGUUUGCUAAUCCAAAUCAUAAGGAGUUCGUUUUCAAGCCGAAUUAUAGUAAACGAGUACCUGCCGACGGAUUUCAUGUUUAUGCGGAAGGAAUUUGGGACCAAAUUAUGUCCAAUAAGGAUCUUGAUUUGCCAACACAACAAGAACUUCUUGCACAAUAUCGCUGUGACGAAAUAGCAACGGUUGCUUUUGAUGCAUUUUUAGGGAAAAUAAAAGGAUUUCGGCAACCUAUCGAAGCUGGCAAAAUCAUAGAAGAUCUAGGUCCACAAAUGGAGGAGAUUCGAAAUGCGACAAUAAAACAAUUUGAUAAAGAGGCAUCUCGUUAUCUUUCGGAAGUAUACAAACGUAAACGUCAAGAAAUACUUAACAAAACAAAUUCACAAUUACAUGUAUUUUUCUUGGGUCAAUUGAAAAACCUUACCAAGAAAGCUAUUAAUACAUUCAAUGCUCGUAUCCAGGAAAAAUUAAAAGGGGAAGGGUAUGAUUUUGCUGAGGUGGUAUCCAAUGCUCGCAAAGAUAUUGAAACCUUUUUCAAAAAUAACGCUGAAGAAGAAUUUAAUCAAUUAUCUGAUUCUAUCAAUGAAAUUGCUGCUAAAUCAAGAACCGAAGAAACAAAAAAGAUGAUUAAGAAUUUGGAGAAAACAGUUCAGACACAAAUCAACGAGUUCGUUUCUUUAUAUUUUAAAACACCUACCACAGAUAUGUGGGGGAAGAUUAUUGGGAAAUUCCAAGAAGUUUUACAAAAGGCUGAACAACAACUUCUUAAGAAAGCUAAGAGUUUUAAUUCAUCCGAAGAAGAGAACACUAAAUCUCUCGAAAAUCUUCGAAAAAGAUCUUGGCAACAGUUACGAAAAAAAAUAGAUGAUGAACUCGCUGAUAAUAUGUUUUUGCUUAAAUUACGUGAGAGAUUUGAAGAAAAGUUCAGAUAUGAUGAAGAAGGAUUACCAAAAGUUUGGAAGCCUGAUGAUGACAUCGAUGCACAUUUCAGAAAGGCUAGAGAAGAUGCACUUAAACUAAUACCAUUGUUUGCCAAAGUUCAAAUUCCUGAUGGUAUAGACUUAGAUAUUCCUUCGGAUGAUGACUUUAUUUUCGAGGAAUCAUUAGUCAUCCUUUCUGAAACAAAACAACAUGAUUUAAAUGUUCGUUUCAAACGUGAAUCUGAUGCCUUUUACCUGGAAGCUAAACGAUCUGUUGUACAGACCACGGCUCGUGUGCCGUAUUGGGUAUUGCUUUUGCUCGUUUUGCUUGGUUGGAACGAAUUCGUGGUAAUCCUCACAUCACCAACGUAUCUUAUACUCGUUAGCUUUUUUGGAUUCAUUGGUUUUAUAAUCUAUUCAUUAAAUCUAUUUGGACCUGUCGAAACCUUCGUUCAAAUGAUUGCCUCAGAGAUUAUUAAAGUCGGAAAAGAUAAAGUUUAUAGUACUUUGCAGCAAGGGCACCCAGCAACUGCCGAUAAGUUUGGUCAAUAUUUAGAUUCCGAAACAUCAGUUUCUAAAAAAGAACAAUAA